UUCCAACUUAACAUAUUUCAGGUUGUUGUCAUCUCUAAUGAUUCUGAUAAGAUGCCUCGUCUCAGCUAUGGUGACCUGAACAGGAUCUUCAAUAAGCUUGACCGGAACGGCGAUGGCUAUGUAACCGCCGGCGAGCUUCAUUGGGUACUAGACAGGGUCGGCAUCCUGACAAGCCGGGAGGAGGUUGAAUAUACCUUGAAGCAAGAUAGUCUUGACUUACAAGAAUUCAUUGGCUUCUAUGAGUCGAUAGAAAAGCCAUGUGAGGUAGAUGAUAAAGCAGAGGAGGAGAGAGAUGAUGAGGUUGAUCUUGUGGAGGCUUUUAAGGUAUUCGACUUGAACAAUGAUGGGUUCAUCUCUUGUGAGGAACUCCAGAGUGUGUUGUCGAGACUUGGACUAUGGGAGGAGACGAGGGGAGAUUGUAGGAAUAUGAUUCGAAAAUUUGAUACCAAUUCAGAUGGGUUGGUUGAUUUCGAGGAAUUUAAGGCUAUGAUGUUGCUUACUAGUCCAUGAUAAUUAAUUCGUAAGUGGUUCUGUGUCUUGGAGUGUGAUCUACGUCAGAGUUCCCUGUGUCAAUCUCUCUCCUCUUCAAAACAAAGAGGUAGUGUCCUUUCACACGGGAGGAGAGAGAAAAGUGUAUAAGAACACUGGCAUAGGCCACGUUCCCUGGUGUGUCUAGAGACUUUAAUUUGUUUGUUACAUUUAUCUACUUAGCCAACUCCAUUAAGUUGGUAUAAAGCUGAAUUUGUUGUUUUUGUUGUAACACAUAUCACUUGUGAAAUAUUUGGAAU